AGCGCGGCGCAGGCUCUGCAGCCUAAACAGGGCCGCGGCAGGCAACCGAGCGCCGGAGAAAUCACGAAAAGCAAGCGACAGCAUCGCUGCGUCGUUGUGCUGAGGCACCGCGCCAGCCGAGCAGCAGAGAGCACGAUCUCCAGCACCAUCUCUGCAGCAGCCCGGUCAGGCCGCAGCAGCAGUCGUCGUGAAUACUCAAGCGUGGUCGCAUCGAUCGUCAGCGCACCACAGAAACCGUAAGGCAAUGCCCAUCUUCGCCAAGAUCCAGGGCAAGACCCUCUACGCCGACAACGACGACGACGAAGAGUUGCCGGCUGUGUGGAAAUCAAAAUUUUACGGCGCGUUCGUGCUGAAUCAUCGCGUCGUCCUCCACGCCAUCGACGCGACGCCUGCUCGAUGGCGUGGUGAUGCCGGUUCCUCACCGCUCGACCGAGCCAGGACGGCCGCGUCAUCGCCGAGAAAUGAACGCACCCGACGCACUGGUUGAUUUCCACACAGGUUGCCAGACAUAAACUUGGAUAUCACGCACACGAAGGUGUUCCUGGGGCGGGCGGACGCGUACCCCGCCGACGAGUCCCUCGGCCCCCACAUGGGCACGUGCCACAGCAAAUCUGUCAGCAGACGGCACCUGACGAUCAGCUGGGAUCCAGAUAGGGACCAAUGGCAGCUUUAUGUCGACUCGAAGAAUGGUGUGGUGGUGGACACCAAGUUCUGGGAAAAGGGGAAGACGGUCGACCUUUUUCACAAGUCGGCGAUCAAGUUCGGCCCCUGCGCGUGCUACUUCGUCCUGCCCGGCGGCGAGGGCGAGCCCGUCAUUGCCGCUUCUACCGUGGCGGCGCCCCCGCCGCCGCCGCCACCGCCGCCCGUCGCCGUGCCGCCGCCGCUGUUCGUCCCGCCGCCGCCCGAGCCGACGUCCGUCGUCGUGCAGUCGGGCGGCGAGACAAAGCCCGCCGGCCCGACCUACGCGGAGCUCGUGGCCCUGGCCUUCGCGGCGCCGGAGCUCGGCCGGCCGGAGGGCGUCGAGACGAAGGAGAUCCGGGAAUGGAUCCUGGGCUCAGUACCCGAAUGGGGGAACGCGACGGCGGCGCAGAAGAAGCUCCUCGCCGGCGGCAUCCAGGGCGUAUUGAGUAGAGGCGCGGAGUACGUCAAGGCCGAGAGCGCGGGCCGGAAAAACCGGUGGCUGCGGCAGAACGUCGUCCCGCCGCCUCCUCCGCCGCCGCCGCCGCCGCCUGAUAGUCAGACGCAAGGGUAAAUUAUUGUGAAGUUC